AUGUCUUACAAGUCGGUGACAAAGAAAGUGGUAGCUGACUUUGUGCGAAACAACAUCAUAUGCCGGUUCAGUGUAGCCGAGUCCAUCAUAACUGACAAUGGAGCAAAUCUGAAUAGCCAUCUAAUGAAGGAUAUCUGUGAGCAAUUCAAGAUCACUCACCGAAACUCAACGGCCUACCGGCCACAAAUGAAUGGCGCCAUAGAAGCAGCCAACAAGAAUAUCAAGAGAAUAUUGAGGAAAAUGGCUGAUAAUUACAAAGGUUGGCACGAGCAAUUGCCUUAUGCUUUACUGGGAUACCGUACUACGGCCAGAACUUCAACAGGAGCAACUCCAUUUAUGUUGUUCUACGGUACUGAAGCGGUCAUGUCUGCCGAAGUUGAGAUACCUUCUUUGAGAAUCAUUCAAGAAGCUGAGCUGGAUAAUGCUGAAUGGGUCCAAUCUCGAUACGACCAGUUGGCUUUAAUCGACGAGAAAAGGAUGGUUGCCGUAUGCCACGUUCAACUAUACCGCCCAAGGAUGGCGAGAGCCUUCAACAAACGAGUCAAGGCUUGA